UGAGGGAAAUGUGUCGCGCUGCAUGAGGCAAAUGGUGAUCACACCAGAUACUGGCGUUUUUUUUUUAUCCAAGCACCUACCUUUGUUUUUAGCGUAUCCGUGACCAACAGAUGAAUAUCUGUAUUCCCAGUCAUGUGAAAUACAUAGAUUAGUACCUAAUGAAUUUAUUUUAAUUGACUGAUUACUUUAUAUGAACUGUAACUUGCAUUUUGUAUAUUUUGUUCAGUGUACUUUAGUUAUACGAUUCCAUAUUACCAUAAAUAUGAAUAUAUUCUCAACACUUUAUAGUCAUGAAUACCUACAAUUCUGACAAUGUAUGAGGCUCCUGAACUAUUCAUGUUUUUGGUUUCUGAUAUCCAGCUUCUUCUGAUAUGACUAAUCCUGUUAUUCUGGAUCUGCGGUAUUACCUACUGACCUUCAGUAUUAUAUGUUCCUACAAAGCUGGGUGUUGGUUCUGAGUGAUCAUAGAGUGAUUAUAGCAAUGGUUAUGGUCAUCAAAUAACCCAACUCUAUAUGAGUCCCUGUACUGAACGAUACUCCAAGACACAGGACAUUUGGCCCCGCCACAGUAAACUAUGGGCAGAUUCACUCUUUUUUUCAGACACUUGACACAUGAGAUGGCAUGAAAGUAGCUGCAAUAUUUAUUUUCACCAUGGCAGUACUCUCAGGGUCUUGUUAUGGAUUAGGUGUGUUACCAGAUGGCCCCCUAGUUGCGGCAGUUGGAAAUGUGACAUUCACCACAGCGGUUGAUCCAGCGGUCAACAUGUCCACAAUAUUCUGGAGUGCGAAUGGCCUCCAUAUAAUCAACGCUACCAUCACUCAUGACAGCAUCCGGCCUGGAUAUGAAGACAGGGUCACUCUGGACAGAACCACUGGUUCCCUGGAGCUCAGGGACCUGGCCCCGUGGGACGGUGCAAAAUACAAAGUAUCCCUUUUUCUUAAAGAAGGAUCACCGCUGGGUGGGGAAACAAGGCUGGAGGUGUAUGAUGGUCCAGAAAACACMACAAUGAAGGUGACCCCUCUAGAUGUACUGUAUGGAUCAGGGUCAGACCUCACUCUGUCCUGCUCAGCUGAGUCCAGUCCUCCUGCCCAGUUUCAGUGGGAUCUGAAUGGAACACUGCUGUCCAAUAAAGGCCCAGAACUCAGGCUGGAGAACAUCCAGGCCAGUCAGAGUGGUAGCUACAGCUGCUGGGCCCAUAACACCAGAACCCUGAGGUACSAGACAUCUGAACCUUCUGACAUCACUGUGCUGGAAUCAAUAUCUGGUGCUACCUUCAUUACUUCCCCAAACCUUCGAAUCAUCCAGGGGAGUUCUGUAACCUUAACCUGUGACGCUUCUUGCUUCAACAUCACCAGAGACCGGAUGAAGGAUGGUCAGCAUCUGUCUGCUGGUGUCAAUAUAACCAUCUCUGAGGAUAAGACAGCAUCUAUCAAUCCUGUGAAUACCUGUGCAAACUCACCAACUCAGUCAGCUCUGCUGAGGUUGAAUACAGUCUGACUGUACACCGUAAGUAGUCUUCUAUACGCAUGUUAUGAUGUCCAUACAAUGUUUUCACUCCUUUUGUAUUCAAAUCAAACAAGCACAAAAUAAAUGGGAUGAGUGAUUUAUGAAUGAACAAUCUGGCAACACUUCAACAUUUCCUGGUUAGUAUGUGUAGUCUUUCUGUCAUCUCUGGUUCUCUACAUGGUAUCUGCAGCGGAGGGGUAUGUACCACCAGGUGAACUGUCUGCUGGUGCCAUUGCCGGGAUUGUGAUUAGAGGGUUGGUGGUUGGGGGAGGGGCAAUUGGUGUGUCACGAACGUCGUCAGGGAAAUGACUGGACCAAGGUGCAGCGUGGUGAGCGUACAUAUUUCUUUAUUAAGAAUGUCGCCAACAAAACAAGAAACACCAAAAACGAAUGUGAAGCUCACUAGGGCUACACAGGCCACUAACAAAGACAACUACCCACAACUAAGGUGGCAAAAAAGGCUGCCUAAGUAUGAUUCCCAA